AUGGCUGCCGAGGCUGAAAAAGACAUUUCCACACACAGCGAAGAAGUUGAUAUCGCCAAGGAAGAGGACGCCAAAACAACAACCUCCGAUAACGAUACCGCCAACGAGCGACCGGUCCGCAGAAAGCUCAAGGCAACGAGGAUAACGUCUGAUUCACAUGCCGCCGCCACCGAUGGCACUGAGAACUCCUCCGACGAUGGCAGCGCCGCUGACAGGGGCCGUUUGACGAAGAAGAGGUCUCGCGAUGAUAUGCAGGCUGAUGAAGAAGACGAUGUCGCAGAACAGGAUCCUGGGCAUGGUCACCGCAGGAAGAGGUCACGAGACUCAAAGGAUGACGAGGAUAUAUCGGGAGGAAAAGAAGGAGAAGAUGCCCGAAAGAGCACGCCUGACCGGACACAAAACGACGAAUCGAGCCACAUAUUGAGCCCGAAAAAGAAGAGGAGUCUGGACCAGCUGGUGAAGGAUAGCGAGAACACACCCAACGAGGAUAAAGAGAAUGCCAAAGAAAACGACAAGUUUCAAGCAGAGGGCGAACGCGAGAAGAAAAGGCACCGGGAUGCUUCUGAAGAACGACGGGAUGCAGCAGCAGCGUCGACAAAGUCGUCUCUACCAAAGUCUUUUCUGAACACAUCUGCCGUCUCGCCGUUCGCUUCACUAGGUGCCCAGUCGACUGAGGGCGAAGAAACCAAUAAUAAAAUCACAUCGUCGUCUUCGUUUGCAGCGUCAGGAUUAGCAUCCUUUGCAAAGUCAGAACAAUCACCAUUUGGCACGUUAGGAGGCUCAGGAAGCACCCCUUCAGUAUUCAAAGCUGCUGACUCGGCGUCAUCGGAAAAACCUGCUGCCAGUGGGUUUGCUGCAGCUGCAGGAGCAUCGCCGUUUGCUAGCACUUCCACAUCUGGAUUUGGAAGUCUUGGUGGUUCCGGCCUUGGAAGCGGUUUUGGCGGGGGUUUCGGUGGUGGAAGCACUGGCAAGCUGAGUAGUUUCGCCUCUGCUAGCGGACCUGGCUUUGGCACCACGACUAGCAAACCUAGCAAACCGUUUGGAGCCGCAGCAGAUUCAGAUGGAGAAGAAGACGAAGAGGAAGAAGGCAACGCCGUCGCCAGUUUUGAGAAGGAGAAAGAAGACGAGCGGUUCUACGAACAGCAAAUCGAAACUGGAGAGGAAGAGGAGAAGACAUAUUUCUCCAGCAAGGCCAAACUCUUUCAUUUCACAAACAAGGAGUGGAAAGAGCGCGGGGUAGGCACGUUCAAAAUCAACGUCAAAGAAGAAGGCGAUGCCGAAAACGACAAAGUAUCUGCGCGAAUGAUCAUGCGUGCUGAUGGAGUCUUGCGUGUGAUGCUCAACUCCCCCAUCUUCAAGGGCAUGCCCGUGGGGGAUGUGACUGGAGAAGAACCCAAGACUAAACAGUUAAACUUGGCCAGUAUAGAAAAUGGGACAACCACGCCUCUACUGCUUAGGCUUGGACGGCCAGAAUCAGCUAAGGAGCUGUAUCACAUAAUAUGUGAUUUACAGCAGCGAUUAUGA